ACAGGAAGUGAACCAGCUGUGGAAGAGGAAGAGGAGAGAAUGGGCAGAGUGGGUGGGCUCUCUGAUUGACGUCUCUCACAGCCAAUCGAAAUAUUUCUGGAGUAACAUGAGUUUCCUGAAGCUUGGGAAACUGACCGGUGAAACGGAGGCGACUUUGAGCAGCAGAUCAGAAGGAUUGCACCGUACUGCACCAGAGAAUACAGAGAGGAUAGACACUGCAGAUAGAUCCUGACCAUUACCCAAGGAACAACUGCACAACUGUGGGAAGACAUCCAGUCCCUUCACAGCAUUGCUCAACGCAGAGAAGGUUGGGCAGUGAAACCAUCAUCUGGAAAUCGGUCAGGUCGGGGAGCUUUGACAUAUUAUCAGAUCUGAAACUGGUCAGUGGUGAGGAACCUUCCAUCAGAACCAAUCUUUCUGAAGGUUUGGCUGUGGGCGAUCGGUCAGGGUGAGGCUGGGAAGAAGUGUGAGUGGCUCCAAGUGUGGUGAGAGCUUCAAUCAUUCAUCGAACCUCAUGAACCACUGACUCAUUCCUACAGGUGAGAGGCUGUUCAAGUGUGAGGUGUGUGAGCAGGGCUCCACAGGCUCAUAAGAUUUCCGAAUAUUCAAGGUGCAUCUUCUGUGCAACUGUAAUCACAAGAAAAGCUUCAUGGAAGAGAAACCGUUCAAGUGUGACGUGUGCAACAAAUCAUUCUCGUGCUCAUCUCACUUCCUCGUACAUCAACGCACUCAUACAGGGGAGAAACCAUUUACCUGUGAUGUAUGCAGUAAAUCAUUCUCUCAGUCAGUGACCCUCCGUGUCCACCAACGCAUUCACACAGGGGAGAAACCAUUCAAGUGUAAGGUGUGUGACAAAGCCUUCACACAGUUAUCGAGCCUCUUGGUCCAUCAGGCAAUCCACACAGGGGAGAAACCGUUCAAGUGUGAAGCUUGUGAUAAAGCUUUUCCGACAUCUACAAGACUCCUGGAACACCAGAGCAUUCACACCGGGGAGAAACCAUUCACCUGCAGAGUGUGUGACAAAUCAUUCUCGCGCUCAUCUCAUUUUCGUGUACACCAACGUAUUCACACUGGGGAGAAACCAUUCACGUGUGAAGUGUGUAACAAAUCAUUCUCGCGGUCAUCGACUCUCCGCGAACACCAACGCCUGCACACUGGGGAGAAGCCAUUCAAGUGUGAGGUGUGUAAUAAGGGAUUUGCACAACUACCAGGCCUGGUGAGUCACCGGCGCAUUCACACAGGGGAGAAGAAAACAUUCACGUGUGAGGUGUGUAAUAAGGACUUUGAACAACUAUGGGGUAUGUUGGACCACCGUCGUAUUCACACAGUGGGAAAGCCAAGUGAGGUGUGUGACUGAAUCUUCACGCAGUCAAUGAGGAUGAGGAUUUCAACAGCAGAUAGACGAAUGUGGGGGUGGGGAUCGUUGGAAAUGGGUGAUGUUACCGAGGAGGUAGUAGGCGAUAUUUGUGAUGGAGAGGGUUAUGGGAUCAGAAGCUCAGCUGAAGAUUGAAGAGGAUGAUACUGAUCAAUUGUUGUUGGACAUGAAUGUGGAGAGGGCAAUGAAGAGGAAUUUGAGGAAUGUAGGAGCUAGAGUAAUCCCUUGAGCCCGUUACACCAUUCAGUUCGAUCAUGGCUGAUCCGUAUCUUAACUCUAUCUACCUGCCUUGGCUCUAUAACCCUUAAUCCCUUUGCCUAACAAUAAACCUAUCAAUCUCAAUUUUGAAAUUUUCAAUUGACCUCCAGCCUGAACAGAUUUUUGUGGGGAGAGAGUUCCAGAUUUCCAGUCCCCUUUUUGUGAAGAAAUGUUUGCUGACAUCACCCCUGAACAACCUGGCUCGAAUUUUAAUGUGAUGUCCCCUUGUUCUGGACUCUCCCACCAGAGGAAUAGUUUCUCUCUAACUACUCUAUCAACUCGUUUAAUCAUCUUAAACACCUCAAUUAGAUUACUGCUUAAUUUUCUACAUUUAGGGGAAUACAACUCAGUCUGUACAAUCUGUCCUCAUAAUUUACACCCUUUGAGCCUCAGGAACAUUCUGGUGAAUCUACACUGCUCUCUCUCCCAGGCCAGUAUAUCCUUCCUGAGGUGCGGUGCCCAAAACUAAACACAGUUCUCCAGAUAGGGUCUAAACAGAGCUCUGUACAGCCGGAACAUAACUUCCACAAGGACACAGUUGGUUUUGAGGAGGAGAAGUUGUGGGUUAUCUUCUCAGGAUGAUUCUGGAGUAAUGAGCAGUUUGGACAGAAGAAAGCAAGUUCACUUGUGCUUGAUGUGGUCCAGUCAGAUCUGGCGAUGGAUGGCUAAACCAGUUGUGUACCAGAUAUGCUCAGCUCUUCACCCCUUGAACUUGAGAAGCAGGGAGAUCAAUCAAGUAGGAAAAAAGUAAAGGGCUUUUUUUUGGGGGGAGGGGGUGGGGAGGAAAUAAGGGUGUGGAAAGUGGAUAUGAGUGAAUGGUUAAAUCAGAUUGCCGACAAUAGAAACACUGUGGUGAAUGAAGGGUCAAAGGGCAGAGAGUUGAGAAUUAGUUUUUGAGUUUGUGUGUUAGUAAAGUGGGUAUGGGGUAGAAUCGGACCCUGCUUUAGUUAGUGAAUUAUAGACAGAUCCUCUUUUGGUGAUGGGUCUCUGACUAAUAUCAUGGGCAAUGUUUGUACUCUCCUGUCUGGGAGGACUACUAUCCUGAGUAUGGUGAGGGAGUGGGUAUAAGUCUCUACAGACCUGAGUUCCCUCAGCCCAUCAUACCUCGAUGUAAUAACAGUGUGAUAUGUUCACCUUACACUCUUCCAAGAUUCAUUUCAUGUUCUGGGAAAGAUCUUGAGUCAUUUUCAAAUGCUUUCAUUUUACUUGCUUCGAAGUUUAUGCAAGCUGAAUGUUUUGUUUGUCUGCUGUUUUAUCAAUCUUCUGUAUACAUUUAUAACUCAUAAUAAAUUCAUUCUUUUAGCCU